AUGAAAAAUGCUCGGCUCGCCCGUUUCACAGGCAUCCAAUGCUUUAUAGAUGCUGUAAUUCGGAGUAUUUUCUACAAAUAUUUCGACCCUAAAGAAGCCCUUAUUUCAAAUGGUGUUCUCAACAGAAGUAUAGCUAUAGCUGCCAAAAAGAACGUGUCGAAUGAUCAACAGAGCAAUUCCCAGACGAUCUCUUUUGUCUAUCCGUUUGGAGCAUCACUUUCGGUCAACCGUCUCUCCACUCCAGUGCUCUCAACCGGCAGUGCAUGCUUUCCAAUAGGAAGACCUGUGGUGGCCUUCCACGAAACAGAAGUUCGUUGA